GGACGGCUAUAACACUCCAUAGCCCAGCACAAUGCGUGUCAGAGAUCUGUCUGUGCGACACAAGAGUAGAUGUGUGCUCCUAAUCUAGUUUAUCACUGAACUGCGAGAGAGAGAGAGAUUCGACAAAACACGACUCACACAACAACAUCAGUCAACGCGAGGAUUUCCAAGUGUGGGAUAAAAUGCCGGCGAUUAUAGGUAAAAAUUCCGACAUGGAGUUCGACUCUCUACAACCCUGCUUCUACCCGGGCGAGGAUGACUUCUAUUUCUGCGGUCCCGACUCUGCGCCACCCGGAGAGGACAUCUGGAAGAAAUUCGAGUUGCUGCCCACGCCGCCCCUCUCCCCGAGCCGAGCGGCGCUACCGGGGGAGCUGGCCUUCGCGUCCGGGGGAGACAGAGGCGACUCGGCAGCAGGUCCCAUGGGUUUUGGAUUAGGCGACCCGCUGGGCUGCGACUGGGCUUCAGAGCUCCUGUUCCUGCCCGAAGACGAUAUUUGGGGCGCGUCGGACGGAGACCUGUUCGGCGGCUGCUCCGCUUUGGAUAGUAACCCCAACUCCAUUAUCAUUCAGGACUGUAUGUGGAGCGGCUUCUCGGCCAGGGAAAAGCUCCAGAGGGUGGUCACAGAAAAGCUAGGCAAAGCCAUCUCCACCGCGGCUGCCUGUGGAGUUAGUAAAAAUGUCACUACCGCCGCGGCCAUCACAACCAAGGCGCCGGAGCUGAGUGUGGACCCCACGAUAGUCUUCCCUUUCCCCAUCAACAAAAGAAACGGUAGCAGCAGCAGCAGAUGUCCACCUGGGACGGCCCCCGCCACUACUGCCCACUGUAGCGCAGAGGAAACUCCGAGCGACUCCGAAGAAGAUGAUGAAGAUGAUGACGAAGAUGAGGAGGAAGAUGAGGAGGAGGACGAUGACGACUCAGACGGCGAAGAGAUCGAUGUGGUCACAGUGGAGAAGCGGCGUGGCUUGUCGCCAAUGGCGACUGGCACGGUCACCAUCUCGGUGCGGUCGAAGACGGGCGCCGCUUCUGGGGCUGUGGUCUCAUCUGGUGUUGUGAGCCGAUUCGUCAGCAACCGGGGGUCUGCGGGGUCAAACUGUCAUGGGCAGGAGUUGAUCCUCAAGCGGAGCUCGGUCCACCAGCAGCAGCACAACUACGCCGCUCCCUCACCGUACGCCUCUGACGACGACCACGCGCCCCCCUCCAAGAAACACAAGUCAUCUAACGCUCCUCGUCAAUACUCCCGUGCCACCUCUUCAUCAUCAUCGCCAUCAUCCUCGACGUUCUGCGGCUCCCUGACCGUGUCAUCAUCAACAAUGCUGGGUUCUAGAUCCAAACGCCACGCCAGCGGUGCCAGUAGCCCACGGGGCGGCUCCUCCGGUAACUCCGACUCCGAAGACUCCGAACGGCGGCGAAACCACAAUAUCCUGGAACGCCAGCGGCGCAACGACCUGCGCUCAAGUUUCCUCACGCUCCGCGAUCAUGUGCCCGAACUGGCGAGGAACGAGAAGGCGGCCAAGGUGCUGAUCUUGAAGAAAGCGGCGGAGUAUGUGUCCUCGCUGGAGACGGAUGAACUGCGGCUGACUCAGGAGAAGGACAGGCUGCAGGCACGGAGGCACCAGCUAAUGAAGCGACUCGAGCAGGCCAGGACUUGCUAAGACUUUUUAGUGGCACAUGACGCACACACACACACACACACACACACACACACACACAGAGACAUAGACACACACACAUAUAUAAAAAAUGCUUUUCUUAAAACUGCAUUGUUGGUUAAGGGCUUGUAAGUAAGCAUUUGACUGUAAGGUUGUAUUCGGCGCAUGUAACAAAUAAAAAUUUGAUUUGAUAUAUACACACGGACAUAGACACAUACACACACACACAUACACACACACAUAUAUAUACACUCAGACACACCCAGAUGACCCCUCUCCCCCUCGCUUUGUCUCAACUUAUAUAUAUGUACACACACACACAGACACACACACAAACACGUGAGCGACAAAUGACGGGGUGGACGGGACAUUCACUGACGCCACUUUUUUUGCACAUUUGUUGACGUUAAGAAUGUUGAGGGUUCUACGUUUUUCAAUCCGGUCACAUUGGGAAGAAGGAAAGAAGAGAAUGGAACGAGGGAGGAGAAGGGAGAGGGGUCCUCUCUCUAUUUCUUAUUGUUUCUUGUUUCUUGUUGUACUCAAUGUGACACUUAUAGCCCUAACCCAAACCAGGUGACUUUCAAAGGGGUCUUGUUCAUGAGGGCACAUCGUGGCAAAAUGUUUUGCAACGGAAAGUGAAAAUAAGCAUUUCUAAAUGGACACGAUCAGGUAUUCCCUCUCUGUUUCAUUCCAUUUUGCUCCAUUGUGUGCCUAAUGAAUACACACUGGGCAUAGCGUCAGAGUUGGUUGGAGAGUUCAAAGUUCACACUUAGUAGCAGAAAAUGCUUUCUACGCCUUCACAGCUGCAAACAGAAGACACCUGUACACCAGGAAACCGCGGUAUAAUGUGCACCUUGCUAGCCGACACUUUUGUAAAUAACAGUACUGUAAAUAACAGACAAAUACACUCAGAAUCUGCCUUGUUUUAUAUACAUUUUUAUCUUUGAGUUUUUAUACAUAUUCUGUCCAAAAGCUGCCAAUAACUAGACUGGAAACUUUAUUAAAGAAGUACUGCAAUGCCUCGAGGGCAACAAAACUUUGUAAUAUAAAACGUCCCCCCCCCCUGCUUUGUAUUGUACCAUGAUUCCAAUUCUACACCUUUAUGACCCUUUAGUGUGACUGUGAUACAUACUACAUUUGAUAGUUAUAUUUUCGUACGGAAAAUGAGUUCUCGGUAGAUAUCUCUUUAUCUCGUCCUUUUUUUUCUUUCUCUCUCUUAUCAAAAAAUGUGUUCUACCAUCUUUUCCUUUCUCUUUAUUUCUCCCCAUUUGUUUAAGUAUUUGUAACUGUCGGGUGCAUAGACCUUUCUGGGUGAACGGAUAUAAGGUUUUUUCUUCGUUCAUAUAAUUUACAUGUAGUGCUCCAACUCAGCACUUUGAAAUACCUCAUUUUGACAAAUAAAUAGACAUUGAAAAUAAA